UAUAUAAUUCAACGAUACUUACAGAUGAAAUAAAGAAACUGUUACAUUUUCUUGAAACAAGAAUUAUUGAAAACCCACAUAGUCAUUCUGAUAAUGUGCAUCGCCACCUGAGGAAAGAAAACUUAGACAAGGACGAGUUGGAUAUAAACUCACUAGCCCAAGACUACGCAGAACGACAGACGGAUUACCUGCCCGAUGGUCCACACAAGCCAAGAAACCUUAAUAGACAGAAAAAGGGUCAAGAGGUUGCAAACGAAAUGGAUGUUCACAAAGCUUUCAACCAAUUACGGCUACCUACCAGUCAGAGCAAAAGGACCUUCCAAAUCGACUAUGAAUGGAGGUGGCCUAACAGAACCAUUCAAUACGCUAUUGACUACGCUUCCUUUCACCCCAACCAGGCGUCAGCAGAGAGUAAGAUCAAGUCCACUCUGGCCCUGAUGGAGCAGGCAACAUGCAUCCGUUGGGAGGAGGUGACUGACCCCAACUACCCAUACCACCACAUCAACUUCUACGGAAACACGACUUCAUGUGCUUCCUACGUUGGUUAUAUUAGAGCCGUUGGUCAAAAGAUCUGGCUGGGACCAGGGUGUUUAUGGACUUCGGUAAUCCUCCACGAAAUUCUACAUGCCCUUGGAGCAUGGCACGAGCAAGAGAGGCCUGACAGACAGGGUAACAUCAAUGUUUUGUUUGAAAACAUCGCCCCUUAUGCCGUAUACAACUUUGCCUGGAAACACACCCAUGAAUAUGGACCGUAUGACCUUGGAUCGGUUCUGCAAUACGGUUUAUCGAGCUUUGCAAAACAGUCUGGACUAGCAUCAAUGAGUAUUUCGGACACUGAUCUGGAAUAUCUAAUUUCAAACACCAAGGAAGAUUUAUCCUUUUACGACAAAUACAGGGUGAAUCAGUAUUAUGAUUGUCCUGCAACUUGUUCACUGACGUGUCUUAAUGGUGGAUUUGAGAAGAUGAAUUCUGUGGGUGACUGUUCCUGUGAGUGCCCGGAUGGACUGACAGGAUCAGAUUGCUCUCAGGUGGACACUUCAGCAGGAUGUGGAGAAAUCAUCGAUUUGACAUCACCAGGAUCGUCCCAGAUUAUUGAGAUGACGUCAUACAACACCGAUCUACUCUGUACAUGGCUUAUUAAGACUCCCACUGAUACAACUAUCAAAGCUACGGUGGAGUCUCUUGACCUUCCAUAUAGUACAAACAACAACUGCUAUCACUUCCUGAUUUUCAAGGACUAUCUGAUUGGAGAACCGGGAAAACAGGCUUGUGGAGAUACCCCUGGUGCUGUGUACUCCAAGUAUAUCCAUGGUAACCACAAUAUGAUGAUGAUUCAAUUUGACAGCGCGUCAUAUCCUGACAUUACACCUGGAGCAGGGUUCCGUGUAAAAGUAGAGGCUAUUCCGUCGGGUUGUUACAGCAACCCCUGCAAGUUUGGAGCCACGUGUCAGGAGGGUAGUUCUGUUGACCAAUACACGUGUACUUGUUCUGAGGGGUUCUCUGGACAAAAUUGUGAUGAAGUCACGGCGAGUGCAACCGUUAGAUCUACCUUUGAGAAGGACUAUGCUGGAAGUAUUUUUCAACAGGAUCCUACGUCUGCCUUUUGGUGGAGCAUUCUUUCGAACUACAACUUUGAUGGGACCACGGUCUUCCCUAACUCUGGUCAAUUGUUCGCCGUCAUGGUACCAUACCUGAGAGUCUUUUACCUGUACACAACGACCACAGUACGCACCGAGGCCAAAUUUGAAGCUGCUGAGAGAUGCCUGAACAUGACGUACAUCAUGGACAACAAGACCAACACUAACUGGCCGCAGUACUACACGAAGAUACUGGUCACCGUGCUGGACGGGGGGACCGUCCUUAACGAGUACACCUACUCUAACCACACGGACACCAUGUGGCGCUACGCUCUGGUAGACCUUCCCGCCGUCAACGAUCUCAAGGUCGAAAUAACCGGAGUGUAUGGAUGGAACACUUUUGGAAUGGAUGACCUAGUUAUAAUCCCUGGUCCCUGUGGUGUUUAAUCCGAAACUUAACUGGUUUUAUCUUCUGAAGACAACAUGGACAUCUCUGGCGGCCCUCUUUACGUUAAUCUGCCUUUUAAUUUUUGUUAUACCAGUACUUAUGAUUAGGUUUUUAUAUACAUUCAUAAAAUUUUGACUUUUCUUUAAAAAAAGGUGUGUGAUAUUAAUUGAAAAGUUGUUAUUUAUACAUGUACUUAAAAUCUAUCAUUGAAUUGAAAUAGAAUUAUGAUUGAUACUUGUAUUUGAUUCUUUUGUGCAUGCACAAUUACACUUUUGAAAAGUCAUUAAGUUGUAUUUAGAUACUUUUGGUAUUAGGUAAUAUUGGGAUUGUUAUUAGGUUUUCCUGUAGUAUUU